UAAAUUAUUUAUUAAUUUUAAGAAAAAUGAAAUAAUAACUUUGCUUAAGAAAUUAAAAAUCGGCACUAUUUUAACAUUUUAAAUAAUAAAAAUUAAUAACGGAUAACUCUCUUGUAACCUCGAACACGAUUGGUAGUUUUAAAAUUCGAAAUUUUUUUCCUUCGUCACUUCCUGUUUAGCAAAACCGAAACUAGAUGAGCAGGGCGCAUGCGCCGGGUACAGAGUCCGUCGUCUGCUGCACUCGCCACUCGGUAGUGUGCUGUGAUGGGAGAUGGAGGACGAACUGCGCUGUCCCGAAUGUAAGCACUUCUACAACAACCCCGUUCUGUUACCCUGCUACCAUUCUCUGUGUUUGAAUUGCGCCCUUCACAUACAGCAACCGGCUCAAAAUGUUCAACAGCCAUCGGAAGAGUCGAACAUCAACGAAAUCGCCGAUUAUCCGGACGUGGACAAACUUAGCCUCCUGAGCGAAACCGACAGCGGGGUGGUGUGCAGCAGUAGGCCAAACAGCUACGUGGGCACCCCCAACAUUCAAGGCAUACUCUUUCCGCCCUUUCAGAGUAGCGCCCUGUCUCUGACGUGCCCUCUGUGCCGUAAGGUAGUAUAUUUCGACGAGAAUGGUGCCCACAAUCUGCCCAAAAACCGAGCCCUGCAGAAUAUAGUGGACAAGUAUGGAGAGAGCAAAAACCUUCCCAUCUAUUGUCAAUUGUGCGAGGGUGACCCUCAGGUGGCUGCCGUGAUGUGCGAGCAGUGCGAGGUGUUCUACUGCACGCCCUGCCGCGACAACUGCCACCCCCCGAGAGGUCCUUUAGCCAAACACAACUUACUCACCCCUCAGCAGGGUAAAGCGGGGAUCAAAGCCAAAAAUAAGAGUAAAGAACCAAAAUGCUGCGAACACGUGGAGGAAGCUCUUAGCAUGUACUGCAUGAUGUGCAAAGCACCCGUUUGUGUAUUGUGUUUGCAAGACGGCCGUCAUGUGAGUCACGAUGUACAGGCAUUAGGAUCCAUGUGCAAAGCGCAGAAGACGGAGUUGUCGCAGAAUCUUCAGUCGCUAUCGGAGAAGGCGAAGGGAGCAACCGAAUUUAUUCAGCGUUUAAAAGCAAUGUCUGAAACUAUUACAGUAAGUAUUGGAAAGAGGGAUAUUUUUAAUGCUCCUCAUCCACCGGUUAUCAUCACAGAAGAAUGCAGCGCUGAAAAUAAUAGCAUUACUGUAGCAUGGCAACCGAACAAUUCCAGUUUUGUCGAAGGAUAUGUUUUGGAAUUGGAUGAUGGAAACAGUGGAUCGUUCAGGGAAGUGUACUGCGGGAAAGAGAGCAUCUGCACAGUGGACGGUUUACACUUCAAUAGCGUGUACACAGCACGUGUUAAAGCAUACAACAGCACCGGCGAAGGACCUUAUAGCGAGACAGUAUCUAUACAGACGGCCGAAGUGGCGUGGUUUACCCUAGAUCCCAACGCAUCCCACCCGGAUGUUGUAUUAACAAACGACAAUCAGACAGUCACGACAGACAGCUACGAGCAUAGAGUUGUUCUAGGAAACAUCGCAUUCCUACGCGGGGUACACUAUUGGGAGGUGACCAUAGACAGAUAUGACAACAACGCCGAUCCUGCAUUCGGAGUAUGCAGAUAUGACGUGACGAAAGAAUUGAUGCUAGGUAAAGACGAAAAGGGUUGGAGCAUGUACAUCGAUCAUCAGCGCUCGUGGUUCCUGCACGCGGACGUUCAUCACACCAGAAUCGAAGGGGGUAUCGAAGCCGGAUCGGUUAUAGGUGUCCUGCUCGAUUUGGAACGACGACAGUUGUCCUUCUACGUAAACGACGAUCAUCAAGGACCCAUGGCAUUCAGUAAUCUGGAGGGUGUGUUCUUUCCUGCCGUCAGUAUCAAUCGCAACGUUCAAGUGACUGUUCAUACAGGGCUAGAUCCUCCUACUGACAGCGAACACGAGAGCGAAACAGGAGACGAUAAAGAUCCUACAGAAGAAUGAUCCUUUGUAUGAUGAAGUAGAUGGCUGUUAGAGAAUCGUGACGUGAUGUGUAGAUGUUAACACAGUUUCUUGUUGUUUAGAAGAAGAAAUAAUAAUGAUAAUGAUGAUGAUAAUAAUAAUAAUAAUAAUAAUAAAAGCAAACGUCCCUCCUUCGUUUAUU